AUGUCCGGUCGUGGAAAAGGUGGCAAAGGUCUCGGCAAGGGUGGUGCUAAGCGCCACCGUAAGAUUUUGCGCGACAACAUCCAGGGCAUUACGAAGCCCGCUAUCCGUCGCCUCGCCCGUCGUGGUGGUGUGAAGCGUAUCUCCGGUUUGAUCUAUGAUGAGACUCGUGGUGUGCUCAAGCUAUUCCUGGAGAGUGUGAUCCGUGACUCGGUUACAUACACUGAACACGCCAAGCGCAAGACUGUCACGUCGCUCGACGUGAUCUACGCUUUGAAGCGCCAGGGCCGUACACUUUACGGUUUCGGUGCAUAA